AUGACUAACUCGGGCAGCUCAGGGUUGGAGACCGACCGAAAACGUCCAAACCAACGACGCCUGUGUCCGCCAAGACACCGUGAAGCUGGUCAGCCGAGCCUACAACGCAGCCGCGCAACGAAUUGCCUGCGUAUGGUUUACCACGACCUAGAGUUACAAAGCUUAGAUGAGGCUGGGAUCCCUAACAAGCUUCGACGUGCGCCCCCUCUCUCCUCGGAGCCUCCACAAGGCAUCGAUGGUGAUCGAGGCGGUGAGGUUAUUCUGCUUAUUAUUCAACAGGGAGACGAUCAAACUUGCAAGCGUCUAGAUCAUGUUCGAGAAUAUCAGGUCCAUGUUCACCAUCCUGCUGAACGACCCAAGUCGAUAGAGAUACAGUUUUGUCAUGUUGAUGACGAAGAUGAGCUCUAA